CCAUAUUUUUAAUCCUGUUGAGACCAGCAGCUCGGUUUGCCGCUAACUUGAGCUGGAGAAACCUCCACACAAGACAGCAUUAAGUGCGAAAAGGAUCUACUUCUGAGCAAAAAGGGACAACUGCCUUAGCGUCCUAGCUGUGUCUGUCUGUUCAUCCUGCAACCAUGAAUAUCUUCAGACUAACAGGGGACCUCUCUCAUCUGGCUGCUAUCAUCAUCCUGCUACUCAAAAUAUGGAAAAGCAGGUCAUGUGCAGGUAUCUCUGGAAAGAGCCAAAUCCUGUUUGCUCUUGUGUUCACCACACGCUACUUGGAUCUGCUCACGUCCUUCAUCUCCCUCUAUAAUACAUGCAUGAAGGUGAUCUACAUCGGCUGUUCGUAUGCCACAGUCUACCUGAUCUACGCAAAAUUCAGGGCCACCUAUGAUGGCAACCAUGACAGUUUCAGAGUGGAGUUCUUGGUUGUCCCUGUUGGAGGUCUCGCUGUUCUCAUCAACCAUGACUUCUCUUUCCUAGAGAUCCUUUGGACAUUCUCCAUUUACCUGGAGUCGGUGGCAAUCCUGCCUCAGCUCUUCAUGAUUAGCAAGACUGGUGAGGCGGAGACAAUUACCACCCACUACCUGUUCUGCCUGGGCCUGUAUCGAGCCCUCUAUCUCUUCAACUGGAUUUGGCGUUUCUACUUUGAGGGCUUCUUUGACAUGAUCGCUAUUGUGGCCGGCGUCGUCCAGACUGUCCUCUACUGUGACUUCUUCUACCUUUAUGUCACCAAAGUGUUGAAAGGCAAGAAGCUGAGUCUGCCAGCAUAAAAUGUAGAGAAGUAGACAGCGACACCCAGCAGACUCAGGGGGUGUGGAGAGGACAUCUUGGAGUCUUGUAACCUUAUAGCAAAGGAUGCCGGAGACAGAGAAUCAACUAAUGGGGAAAAACACUAGUCUUCUUGAUGAUUGCUGAUGGAACUGGUAAAUGCCAACACACACCAGAGCUGAACAAAGACCACCCCAAAUCAACCUUUGGAUUUCUGUGUUCAGCAUCUUGCCUUAAACUUCUUUGAUUGCUGUUCAAAUAGGAGAAGAGGCUCUUUUUUGUUUUUGUAUUUUUUUUUUUUUUUACAUGUGAGGUGUAUACGCUUAUUUUUUUUUUUAUUUCUUAUUUUUAUAAUGUCACAAAUAUGGUCAGCUCUGAGAAGUACCUUGUUUGACUUGGUAAUGAAAUGCACAAAUGUACAGUCUUAUUAAAGAGUGAGAUAAAGAGUAAUGUAUCUGAGUGCCUGAUGACGAUUAUGUCCAUUUUCUCGCGGUUUUAUUUUUACAUUUUUUUAUCUCAAUAAUUGUAUGCAUAUUCUGUAACACAUGUACCCUCUCCUGGAAAUGUUUUAAAGAGGCCAACACACACAUGGGUUUUGUAAAAACAUCGCUUUCUAAAAUCACUCAAGACAACAUUUUAAAAAGAUCUUUCUCUCUUCUAAAAAUCAGAGCUUUUUUUCGUACAUACAACUCAUUCAGUGUAAGAGGUGACCCAUAAAAUACUUUACUUGAAUGCCAGCAGUCUUUUUGUCAUAGCCGUCAGUAUUUUCAAAUAUGGGUAUCUCAUUUGGAAUUAAACUUCUCAUGUGACAGAUUUUUCUUCAGCUUACUGUAUCGAAGAAGCUAACACGCAUCAGUCGUUUCACAGCUUUAAUAUAGAUUUCAGUCUUAAAAUAAUGUUACAUCACAUUUUGGAUGUAGAGACAGCACAAACUUCGUUUCUGUCAGUGUUGCACCCCAGUAACAAAUGCAUGAACACCUUCCAACAGCGGCUUGUCAGUUAUCUCAAGGUUGAAAUGUCACUAAAAUCAGAAAAAAGCAAUAAUGAAUGACAGAACAAAGAUUACACUUAUACCGGGAUGUGUAGAUAUUUGGCAUGAAGAUCCUCCAGCACUUUGACCGGUUGUGACAUUUCAGUUAUCUGAAUGUCUGGAGUGUGAACAAUUCAACAGAUGUGACAUUAUGCUGUUCAGUAAUUGAGUAGGGGUUGUCAUGGUGUUCACUGGGUGCAUUUCUAUUGAAUUUAAAGGCCUUUUGUUAACUUCAACUUUUUCAAAUUUGCCAUUCCUAAAGGAUUAUUUGAGGAUUAUUUUGAACUUUUUUUUCUCUUUUUUUUUGCAUGAUAUCACCUCCAAUAAAGAUUUUAUGAGA